CCCAUUGGCUCGCCGUUGCCUUUCACUCCAGGCUCUCGCGGGGCUGCUGUGCGAAGAUGGCGGCCGAACUGGUAGAAGCGAUGAACAUGGUGAAAAGUUUCCGGGUCUCUGACCUGCAGACGCUGCUGGCCUCCAUGGGUCGCAGUAAAAGCGGGUUAAAGCAAGACUUAGUAGGGCGAGCUCUUAGGCUUGUGCAAACGGAGUACAGUCCAGAGCUGCUAAAGAAUGUCCGGCAGCUCUAUGAGACGCGAUACCCCAAAGCAUCAGCUUGGCUGGCUGCCCGACGACCGGAGUCUGUACCCGUAAAUUACCCUGCCCUCAACUCCUCGCCCAGAAACGCAGCCCAGGGCACAGACUACCUCAACGGGAUCCCCAAACCGGCGCCACCUCCUGCCACCGAAGUCAAACUGGUGCCCCUACCGUUCUACCACAACUUAGAAACGCUACUGCCACCCACAGAACUUAUUGCUCAGAACAGCGAGAAGCUGCAAGAGAGUCAGUGUGUUUUCGAAUUAACACCAAGCCAAGUGGAACAGAUCCGAAACGCCAGUGAACUUCGCCCAGGGAUGAAAUCGGUUCAGGUGGUUCUCAGAAUCUGUUACACAGACUCUAUUGGUGUUCAGGAGGACCAGUAUCCUCCCAAUAUUGCUGUGAAAGUGAAUCAGUCCUACUGUCAUGUACCGGGUUACUACCCUUCCAACAAACCCGGCGUUGAGCCACGCCGGCCCUGUAGACCCGUCAACAUAACGCCCUGGUUACACCUUUCCUCAGUCACUAACAGAGUCACAAUCACGUGGGGCAACUUCGGAAAGCGCUACUCCGUGGCAGUAUACCUGGUAAGGGUGUUCACAUCUGAAGAGCUCUUCAACCAGCUGAAGCAUUGCUCGGUUGAGAGUCCCGAGCGUUGUCGUGAACGCAUUCAGGACAAGCUGCGAUUUGAUCCUGAAAGUGAAAUUGCCACUACAGGACUGCGCGUGUCUCUCAUCUGCCCUCUGGUGAAGAUGAGGCUGGGAGUGCCAUGUCGGGUGCUGACAUGCGCCCAUCUGCAGUGUUUUGACGCCGUUUUCUUUUUGCAAAUGAAUGAAAAGAAACCCACGUGGACCUGCCCUGUAUGUGACAAACCUGCUCCCUUUGAGCUUCUUACUAUUGAUGGGUUGCUCUCCGAGAUCCUUAAAGAGACGCCAGAGGAUGAUGAGGAGAUUGAAUAUUUGACUGAUGGCUCGUGGCGGCCAAUCAGAGACGACAAAGAAAAGGAAAGAGAUCGAGAAAGCAGUUGCACACCUGACUACCCAGUUGUGGAUAUAUGUGUUCCUGAGGCUAAUGGCCACUCCCCAGCACACAGCAGCACAAACCAGACUGGGAAGUCUGGAUCAAGUGGCACGUCGGCAGGAACCGGUGGGACCGGCAGCGGGUCAGGGGGAGCGGCGGUGGUGGACCUGACUCUGGACGACUCGUCGGAGGAGGAGGGAGGGGGAGGGGCGGAGGACAGCGAGGACACUGACGAUAGCCAAGACAGCCCUGCCCCUAAGAGGGGCAGAUACGAUUAUGACAAAGACCUGGUUACAGCAUACUGAGACUUACAGGACAUUUAGACUUAUAGGGGGUAUAGAUGGGAUCUGAGCCUUGGAAUUUGCAAGAAAUAUGUCCCCAUGUCCUUUUUGAAAGAAAACACACUCAUGCACGCACACAUGCACUGCUGACCUCUGGAGCAGAUGGGCAUCGUCUUCACAUCCAUGGAAUAUCCAUAGAUGCCCCAUUAAGCCAUUCCCUGCGUCACAAAACUGUAUUCUCCCUUUAAAGACCAUGGAAGAAUAAGACCACCACCUUCAAUCCUCUAUUUCCGGUCCACAUUGUGCUUUGACAGAAAUCACUUCAACAAUCUUAGUCAUUUAAGCUCUUACAUUUAAUUUUUUUAUGGAGCUCUGCGAUACUCCUAUUAAACCUUCAUAAUGUUGCAAGAUUAAAAUAGAAGUGACAUGAGACAAGACACAGGAUCUAAAAAAUUCCUUUUGUACAGACAACCACUCAUAAUCCAUGCAUUUUCUGUUAGUUCUCAAGCUGUUUAUAUUCAAUGUUUGUUUCAUUAUGAUUUGAGGCAAUUCUUAAGAAUUUCAACCAUCUCUGUCCUUUUUAUUUGACCGUAGAAGUUGACAACCUACCUCAGUCUAAAAGCAGACUUGACCAGAGGAUUAUAUAAAGGCUGAUAAAUCCAUGACGUAAAUCUUGUUUUUCGAUCCCUUAUGUUUUUCUUUGUGAGUUUAAAAAACACUGGAGGGGAUUCAGCAUUGGGCGUUAUUUUGUGGUUGCCCCGUUAGGCAUCAUAUUAAAAAUAGUUCUAACUCGAUAAAUCAGUUUUUGGUCAAGUCUCUCAGCCGACAAUGUCAUCAAACAUGCUCUAUGCCUACAGUUUAAACCAGACGAUGUGGUGCACUGUUACAAAUCGGCAUUCAUAACUGUGAGGACUUCAGAGGGAAUGAUGAAUUGACAUUGAUGGUCAGCAAGUAAAUAUUGUAUGACAGACCAUGUUAUAAUGAUAAUGUAUUAUUUCUGAUCAUUUAUAAGAGCAUUGUAUAAUUUCGCAUCAGUGUAAUUUUUCCUUGUGGAAUCCAUCUUUGAGGCUUUUGUUCACUUCCAGAGUUGACUAGUAAAUAUUAGGUUAUCUUAGCAGGGGAUGCUUGUGUUGCUGGCGUUACACCAUGUGACAUGCAUGAACAAAGAAAUGAAAGUAAUAUUUUCAGUUUUCCUGGUUUUGCAGUUUGACUUUGAUUUCUUUUAAGAUGAACGGCGAAGCCUAUUGUAUGCAGACUAUUGACGGGGUGGUUUGUGUUCAUUUGUGUCGCGAACAACAGGUUGCAAAGGUUUUGUCAUUUGUCUUGUGGACUUGGGUGUUCCUGUCCGGCUUCAUUCUUAAAGUAGUUUCUUUCAUUUGUUGGAGAAGUAUUUAUUGAUUUAACGAUUUUGCCUUGUUUGAAUGGUGUUUGCUAUUAUUUGUGCAUUUUGCAGCAAUUAUUGUUUAAUUUUAAAUGCAGAGAUGGUUUGGUUUGAGACAGUUCAUUUAUGUCAGUGAAGUUCUUAAAAAAAGUUGGUUCGUGAUUGUAGAUAUGCUGUUUCCUCUCACAGCUGCACAUUCAGUUAUUUAUGACAGAAUACGAGGGGCUUAGGCAGGACUAUGCAGACUUUACCUAAACCACAAAAGAAAACUUGCGCUAAAUGACCAAACCAAUAUGGCACAUUCAGGCAGUUGAUCUGUUGAGGAAGACUCAGGGAUGGCUUGUUAGCUCUACUUGUCUUUACAGUUCUUCAUGCAUGACAAAAUUUAGAUCCAGCGUCACAUACAAUAUUACCUUGACCAUCAGGUUACAGAUAAAGCAUUUUUAACUGCUCUGCUCUGAAAAUUGACUGUAUAUGAAAAUAUAAAGGGUGCACCCCCAAGGUUUUUGAGAAAGCCACUGCACAUCUUCUACUGGCAAUUUUACUUUCUUGCAAACUUUUAUUUAAACUAAUCCUGAAUUCUGACUUGAAUACACAGUACUGUAUCCUAUCUGUGCUUGGGAAUGUCUCGACAGAAAAGCAUUGCCAUGAAUGAGAUGAAAUUACGUGCAUUUUAUGGUUUGUCUUUGGGUCAGCAUGGUCUUCCAUUUUCUCCUUAUAAUAUGGCCAACUUUUUCUUAAAUAGUAAGUGCUGCAGUUGACACUUUCAUUAUACACCCCUGAUGUAAUAUGUACCCCUUAAUCUGACCACAUUUUUGUAAUUCCCAUUUAAGGUAAGGAAUUUUUUUAAUAGACUUCCAUCUUUAGAAACAUAGAUCAAUCAGUUAGAAAAAUGUGGAUAAUGCAAAUUUUCUAUCGUUUAAAAGAUGAUGGAUGGUGAUUGAUAUAACAAAAUAUAUUUCCUGCUCGGAGGUAACGCAAAUUGCCUCUGUGUAGUCAGGUGUGGUUAAAAUCAAAGGGUUUAUUUCUUGGGGAAUGGAGGCAUACCCUUUAGUUACAGUGCUUAAGACAGCAUGGGCAGUGGCUUGCAGUUGUAAAUGUUUUGUUUGUGUCAUUUUAUAUGUUCAUAUUAAAAAGCCAAUAAAAUGAAUAAUAUUUUAUCAAAUUUUGAA